AGAAGGCAGCCUCAUGCCAGUGGUUCAUUAAACAGAAGUUUAUUGAUGGUCUCUUGUGCCCAGUUCAGAAGCCAAGAGGUAAUAUCCUCCAAGAAUCAAAAUCCACCACCACCAGACAGAAUCAUCCUAGCCAGGUGCAUGGACUUCCUACCAAGGCCUCAUUUUUACAUCUUCCCAGACCCAUUGCUCUUCUGUCUGCAUGAGCCAAAUGUCCAGAGCUACACCUGGUGAGCAGCAACCUUUGUGGGGGAGGAGGCUGUCCUGGCUCUGACAAUGGAUAUCAGAUACUGGCUAGGAAGGAGGCAGUGGGGUUGGGAGGGGAGGAUAUAGUUGUUCAACUCAUCAAAGGCAUCCUGAGGUUUCCCUGGCUGCUUCCAAGGGGCUGCAGACAAUCAGUACAUUGUCAGCAGGGGCUGCAGCAUGGAGCAAGAGUACAACCACACUGAGAGCCCUAGGUCUGGGCCUGCUGAGGUGAGUGGCUCUACUACCCCCAAGAAAAGGGCACAGGGAUGCCACCACCCACCAUACAUUAGCCCCUUACCUCCCUGAGCAAGUCUGCUUCCUGGUCUCUAACCCAAGAAGCACCACUGAUAGCAAUGUGCCCUCAGGUGAAGACCAAAACUUGCCACAGGGGCUGGAGAGCAACAGGCUUGCUGAUCCUGCUGACACUAGUCACUGCAGGAGCUGUGGCUGGAGGGCUUCUUGGCUACAGCUGUCCGAAGCCAUUACUGCAGAUGCUCCGACUGAGCCUUCCAAGUCCCAGAAAGCCCUGGCCCAACCAAACCACUCUGGUGGACGUGGCCCAGAAUGUGGCGACCAUCAUGGUGACUCCGCUUCAGAGCAACCACAGCUGGGCUGUGCUGUUCGACGGGCAGAGUGGCUGCAUCUGUUACCGCCCUGCAGAGCACCAGGCCUGCUUCCUCCGACUAAUGGAGGCCCAAGAUUGGGAGACCCUGCAGCUGCUGGUGAAUACUUCCAGGGCCCAAGAGUCCCAUGUACCUGGCCAAGAUACCCACCAUGUCCAGGAGCUGCUGGCAGUGCUUGGGGGUCAUACUGUGGACCCUGCCCAAGUGGGGGCUUCAGUGCAACACCUUUGUGCGAAGACUCCCAUCUACUGGGCCAGAAGAGCAGGGCCCCAGAGACAGCGGUUGAUCUACCUCUGCAUUGACAUCUGCUUCCCAAGCAAUAUCUGUGUGUCAGUCUGCUUUUAUUACCUCCCAGACUAAGCCCCACCACCUGGCCUUGCCUGGCCCAGC